AUGGCACCUCUCCGACCUCUCCGACCUCUCCGACCUCUCCGCCUCUGGUGUGCCCUGCUUCUGGCCGUGGCUCCGGGAACUUCGCUCUGGAUCUCAGGCUUUCGACGUGCUGGAUCUCCUGGAGCUCGUGCACGCGUCGCGAGACAGCUCUUCAGCGAGAACCUCUUUUACCGCCGCAGCGACCGGCCAUUCUCAACCUGGUACGGCCCUCCCGUGGUCCCCGAUGAAGACAUCAAGCGGUACGUGGACCUGGUGCUGGCCGAUCCCAUGAGUCCAGUGAACGAUCCUGCUGUUCCCGACUUCAUCGAGCGUGAGGUGUAUUUUGUGGUAGUUCGCUUCGUCUUGCAGAUGGUCCAUUAUGCUUUUGGUGUUGUGGACCAACGGGCCCUGUUUGGACAGACACUGUACAUGCUGCAAUACCAGGACAAAGAGAACGUGGGCCUGCGUCCCGCAAACGUGGAGCUCACCCCCGAGAUGAUAAACUUCGCCAUGCGAGAGGUCGUGUUCCCAUCCAAGGGAGACAAAGCAAUCUUCAAUCCCGCAACAGACAGGAUUAUUUACAAAAACUCCGUCAAGUUUGCCUUGCGGCUGGUAAUUGACAUGGUCUCCUCCGUUCGGCUGUCUGCUUGUGGAUUACGAAUCCGCCUCGAUGUCUCCGCUGACCCCAAGACCGCACGCAAGUCGCUGAAGCAGGGCAGGCUGGAUCUCACGACGUUCGAAAAAACUUGCGCGCCCUUGAUUAAGGACUUGAUGGCACAACGGAGCCUGCCUCUGCCUGGUGGUUUGCAAGAGGCUCUCUACAAGAACCUCUUGCGCACUCUGGCCUUCUGUGCUGCAGCAGCUGUUGAAUCGUCUCAGCUCGACAUUUUCGGGAUUAGCGUGGAUCCCAAGCUGGGUAGAUAG